GCAUUGUGCUCGCCUACUGUGUAACACUGAUUGCUCAUUGGACAUGGCAGCUAUUACAAAAAAUACCAACGUUGAAAACUAUAUUAUGGCUGAGGAAUCGCAUUCUACGGACCAGAAACCAAAGAAUAAGACUGGAGUGUGCUAUUCAAGAAAAUUUAUUGGAUUCCUCAUUCUCAAUGUGUUGGUUGCGUACAUUGUUGUCAUCUGGUUAGCAACAAAAGGCUCUGAUGAAAACAGUCAAGAAACAACUGCUGAUGACGCCACGAAAACAAGUUAUAGAAAUAGGAAAAUUCAUAUCAAUACCGGUGCCGUGGUCAGUGAUAAUGUGGCAUGCUCAAACAUCGGCAGGGAUUUUCUGUUACGUGGUGGUUCUGCUGCUGACGCUGCUAUAGCUACACUUCUUUGUAAUGGCGUCGUUACACCACAUAGUAUGGGAGUAGGAGGAGGGUUAUUCAUUGUAUAUUACGAUGCCAAAUCACAAAAAGCCGUGUAUAUCAGCGGCCGCGAGAGAGCGCCCAAAAACAUCCCAGGCGAUAUUUACGUCAACAAAUCUGGAUGUUUUGGCGGACUCUAUAUAGCAGUGCCCGGAGAACUGAAGGCGUAUUGGACAUUACACAGAAAAUACGGUCGUCUACCUUGGAAGGACCUCUUCGCACCAGCUGUUCAUCUGGCCAGAAACGGAUUCUACCUGGCGAAUAGCGUCUACAAAGCUCUGUCUUAUAUGAAAAAUAGACUCAGUGUUAAUCUACAGGAUUAUGAACCUUUUUGCGAGGUGUUUUGUGACCAAGAAGGAAAUAUUGUACCAGAAGGGUCCGUGGUCAGAAACACCAGACUGGCGGACUUUUUGGAGAAGGUUGGAGAGAGGGGAUCAGACUACCUUUACAACAGCUCAUUGACAGACAUCGUCGUCAAGGAGAUCAAUGAUAAAGUUUCCAUGCAAUUAUGGGAGAAAAGUGAUUUACAGAUUUACCAUGCAAAGGAGGGUCCAGCUCUCUCUGUAGACCUGGGACAGUGGACUCUACAUACAGUCCCCGACCCCAGUGGAGGGCCUGUACUUGCUCUUCUCAUGAACAUAUUCAAAGAGUUGAAAUUUUCUAAAAGUGUUAUGACUAAAGAUCCUGCCAAGACCUACCAUUUGAUGAUAGAAGCUACCAAAUUUGCCUACUCGUUACGACCUUUGCUCGGAGAUGGUGAUUUUGAACCGCAAGUCAAGAAUGUAGUAGCUCGCUUGGUAUCGAAUGGAUUGGCCAAAAACAUUACAAAAAGCAUAGACAGAAAUAAAACACAUCCUCAGUCUUAUUAUACAAACAGUACCAUGACUUCACAUGACGAUCAAGGGACCAGUCACGUGUCUAUUUUGGCGCCAAAUGGGGAUGCAAUGUCUGCCACUAGCACAAUAGAUUUUUAUUUCGGUUCAAUGUUUAUGUCAAAUACUACGGGCAUAAUUUGGAACAAUGAAAUGUGUGAUUUCUCCCUAAAACGCACGGCACAGCAGGUUUCCGGAGUGAACUCGGUAAAACCAGGUAAACAGCCCCUGUCCUCUAUGGUACCCGCCAUAUUUAUUGACAAAAAGAGCGGGAAAGUCCGUUUGGUGAUUGGCGCCGCUGGAGGCUCAAGGAUUACGACAACUGUCGCUCAGAUAUCUGCAAGAGUUUUACUAUUUGGAGAAACAAUUGAAGAGGCAAUUCGAAAGAAGCGGUUCCACCAUCACUUUUCGCCCGAUGUCCUUAAGUACGAGUUUGGUUUUCCACAGGAUAUUUUAUCAGAGCUGAAAAAUAAGUACGGUCAUGAAAUAAAGGAGCGGGACAGAUAUAUGGCUGUGGCCGAGGGUGUAGAGCGGUGUCCGGUAACGGGACAGGUUUCUGCUUUUGCCGACAUCAGAAAACUUCCUGGCUGGGCCAGCUUUGUACGAAAUACCACUACAAUAUGAUAAAUAGUCUGUUGUUAAUUCAAAUUCAAAGGAAAUAAUUUCAAGGAGCCAUAAAAGAAGAAGAAACAAAGGAUUUUAUGUUUUUGAACCACUUGAUAUCUUUAUCGAAUAAAAGUAUUUCUUAGAAAAAUUUCAGUUUUGAAAAAAAAUAGAAAUUAACCGCAUGAGAAGUCUCAUCUCUGAGUGCAUGUACAGUGUAUUGGUCUUUAGGAAUAAUUCUGCGAAAACAUUUGAUGAAGUUUUAGCUUAAAAAGUUGAUAUGCAUGUGUAGUGUUUUUUCUCUGACUUGGUUUUUUUUUUUACUUUUAUACGUAAUGAGUACGAUAA